UCUCGAUAGGUGCUGCCCCCUGCACAAGAUGCGGUAAACUUUCUUCUUACUGGUCUGCUUGUGAAAUCACCGCGUGGUUGGUGUUUUCCAAGCACUAGAAUUUAAUAAUUGUGUCUUAAUUAUUUGUUAUUUAAUAUUGUGCCGAUCCGCUUAAUAAUGUCCAAGUUAUUUGUUCUCUACGAACAUGCCGCUGGCUACGGCAUUUUCAAAGUUGAGGAAUUUGAAGAAAUCGGUACGCUUCUGCCGCAAGUCGAAGCGGCCGUCACCGAUUUAGGUCGUUUUAACAGCAUAGUCAAACUGGUCAGCUUUUCACCCUUCAAGAGUGCCAUCACUGCUUUGGAGAACAUCAAUGCUGUAUCAGAAGGCAUUGUUCCUGAUGAACUCCAACAGUUCAUCAACAUGGCUAUUCCCAAGAAGAAGAAGACUCAACUUGGUGUGGCAGACCCUAAAUUAGGUGCUGCCAUUACUGAAGUUCUGGGUCUUCAAUGCAACCACACUGGUCCAGUUCCUGAAAUAAUUCGUGGAAUUCGUCAUCAUUUCCACAAUUUGACAAAGGGUUUCACUUCAAAGAGUGCUGCAGUUGCUCAAUUGGGCUUGGGGCAUUCCUAUUCUAGGGCUAAAGUUAAGUUUAAUGUUCAUAGGGUUGACAACAUGAUUAUUCAGAGUAUUGCCUUGUUGGAUCAGUUGGACAAAGAUAUUAAUACAUUCUCUAUGAGAAUACGUGAAUGGUACUCCUACCAUUUCCCGGAGUUGGUCAAAAUUGUGCCUGAAAAUUACACUUUUGCUCGACUUGCUAAAUUUAUCAAAAAUCGUAAAGAUUUGACCGACGAUUCUCUUACUGGACUAGAAGAAAUCACAAUGGACUCCGGAAAGGCCCAGGCUAUUCUUGACGCAUCUCGUUCUUCAAUGGGUAUGGACAUUAGCGUCGUUGACUUGUUAAAUAUUGAAAUGUUUGCUGCACGUGUUAUUUCUCUCGCGGACUACCGCCAAGAAUUGUCGCAAUAUCUCCGCACUAAGAUGAGCGAUGUCGCUCCCAAUUUGGCAACUUUAAUUGGUGAUCAAGUAGGCGCGCGUCUUAUUUCACACGCUGGUUCAUUGACUAACUUGGCGAAAUACCCAGCAUCAACCGUUCAGAUUCUCGGCGCUGAGAAGGCACUCUUCAGAGCGUUAAAAACUAGAGGUAAUACUCCAAAAUAUGGUUUGUUGUAUCAUUCGACAUUCAUUGGUCGCGCUGGCGCCAAAAACAAGGGUCGUAUUUCGCGUUAUUUAGCGAACAAAUGUUCAAUUGCCUCGCGAAUCGAUUGCUUCGCCGAAUCGCAAACAAAAGUCUUUGGUGAAAUGCUCCGUCAGCAGGUGGAGGAUCGACUUAAGUUUUAUGAAACCGGCGACAUUCCGAAGAAGAAUUUGGACGUUAUGAAGGAAGCGAUGGAUGAAGUCGAAAAAGAAGCCGUAUUGAAUAAGUCAAUGGAAAAGAAAAAGAAGAAGAAAAGGAAGAGCGAGAGCGCAGCUGAUGAGAAUGGCGCUGCUAAUGGGUCUGUUGUAGAAGAGAACGGAAACGGAGCGGAUGCUGGCGGUGAACCGCCGAAGAAAAAGAAAAAGAAGAAGAAGAGCAAAGGUGACGAUGAAUAAACUAACAAAAUGAAAUAAAAAAGGAACUAACAAAUAUUAGAUACAAUACCAAUUGUUAUUGUAGCCAAUAAUUUCAUGUUUCUAUCGGACUCUUCAAUGGAGUGUAUUUUUUGACUAUAUGUUAGCAUUAGCUACUUUAUUUGCUUCAUAAUGAACCAUUUAUGGAGCUGGUAAACUAUAUUUUUAGUAAUAUGUAAGUUAAUUUUUUUAAAUUCAGCGAAUACAAAACACGUACCAAUGUUCUCCACGAAAUAUUAUGAAAAAUACGUGGAAAAUAUUGGAGAAUACAAUUAAUAAUAAUUUCACAUGGAUAAAUAAUUGGUAAAUAAGUGUCAUUUGCGCAUUUUUGAAUAUAUUAUAUUGUUAAAAGACAAAAUAUAAUCACUAAUAAUUCACAUA